AGAUGGAAAGGGCAGGGAGCCUGGGGGGCUUCGGGGACAGCACGGGGUACCGGGGUUGUCCUGUGGUGCGGUGAGGGGACCCCAGACAUUCACCCCUCUGCCUCCCCUCAGUUCGGUGCCAGUAGGGGAGCGCAGGCCCCAGCCCCGCCGCCAUGGGCAAGAAGAGCAAAGUGGGCAAGAGCCGGCGGGACAAGUUCUACCACCUGGCCAAGGAAACCGGGUUCCGUUCCCGCUCCGCCUUCAAGCUGCUGCAGCUCAAUAGGAAAUUCCAGUUCCUGCAAAAGGCGCGAGCGCUGCUGGACCUGUGCGCGGCCCCCGGCGGCUGGCUGCAGGUGGCUUCCAAAUUCAUGCCAGUCUCCAGCUUGGUGAUUGGGGUGGAUCUGGUUCCUAUCAAGCCCAUUCCCAACGUAGUGACGCUGCAGGAGGACAUCACCACUGAGAAAUGUCGCCAGGCUCUGCGCAAGGAGCUGCAGACAUGGAAGGUGGAUGUGGUGCUGAACGAUGGAGCACCCAACGUGGGGGCCAGCUGGGUGCACGAUGCCUACUCCCAAGCCAACCUGACCCUCAUGGCUCUGAAACUGGCCUGUGAGUUCCUCUGCAAAGGCGGAUGGUUUAUCACCAAGGUUUUUCGGUCCCGGGACUACCAGCCUCUCCUCUGGAUCUUCCAGCAGUUCUUCCACAAGGUCCAGGCCACCAAGCCGCAAGCCUCACGCAAUGAGUCUGCUGAGAUCUUUGUGGUGUGCCAGGGUUAUCAGGCUCCAGACAAAAUUGACAGCAAGUUCUUUGACCCGAAAUAUGCCUUCAAGGAGGUGGAGGUUCACGCUAAGUCUGUUAGCGAGCUUGUCAGCAAGAAAAAGCCAAAGGCAGAAGGAUACGCAGAUGGUGACACCACUCUCUACCACCGCUUCACCCUGAUGGACUUCCUCAAGGCUCCCAACCCUGUGGACUUCCUCUCCAAGGCCAACGAGAUCACGCUGGGGGAUGGAGAGCUGGAGAAUCACAGUUCCACCACAGAGGAGCUGCGUCAGUGCUGCAAGGACAUCCGUGUGCUGGGGCGCAAGGAGCUCAGAGCCUUGCUGAACUGGAGGACAAAACUGAGGCGAUUCUUGACCAAAAAGCUGAAAGAGCAGGCGAAGGAACUGGAUAUCAACCUGAGCUCUGGCGAAGAGGAGGAAGGCCGAGAGGAGGAGGAGAAGACAUCGCCAAAAGCCACAGCUGAUGAGGUGAUGAAAGAGGAAGAGGAGGAGGUAGAGCUGGCGUUAGCAGAGAUGAAGGCUAAGGAACUGGCAGAGCUGAAAAGAAAGAAGAAGAAGAUCCUGAAGGAACAGCGGAAGCAGCGUGAGCGCGUGGAGCUGAAGAUGGACCUCCCUGGCGUCUCCAUCGCUGACGAUGGCGAUACCAGCAUGUUCUCCCUCCAGACUAUCCAGAGGACCCAGCUGCUGAAUGAGGUGGCCCGGGGAGACAUGGCCUCAGCAGAUGCCCUGCUGGAGAUGAGACCUGGGGACGAUGACAUCUGUGUCUCAGAUGCGGAUGAUGAGGACGAUGUGUCCCUGGCCAGCGACCUGGACCCGGAGGAGCUGGUUGAGAUUGAAGCCCGUCAGCGCCGGCUGGAGCGGGAAAGACGAGAGCAGGGUGCAAAGAGGGUGAAGCCUAAGAAGGAGGAGGAGGAGGAGGAGGAGGAAGGGGAGGAAGAGGAGAAUCCCCUGCUGGUGCCCCUGGAGGAGAAGUCAGUGCUGCAGGAGCGGCAGACAAGCCUGUGGUUUGGGAAAGACGCCUUUGCCGGCAUCGAGGAUGAUGCAGAUGAGGACCUGGAGCUGGGGCAGUCACAGAUGUUGGCUGAAAGACAGCGUGAGUCCCAGACAGGCAAAACAAAGAAGAAGGGGCAGAAGAAGAAGGUUCCCCAGGAGGGCACCGCAGCUGAGCCUCAGCCUGCAGCAGACACAGGAGCUGACACUGCUGAAGCACAGGCUGAGCAGAGCAGCGAUGAUGAUAGCAGCAGCGACGAGGAGAGGCCACCAACACCAGCGGGGAGAAAGCGUGGCCUGGUUGAGCCAUGUGGCUUCGAGGUGGUGCCCAUUGAGGACCCAGUGAAGAAAGCACGUGUCCUGGACGCAGAGGGCCUGGCACUUGGCUCCAUCAUUGCCACCUCCAAAAAGGCCAAACGGGACCUGAUCGAUGAUUCCUUCAACAGGUAUUCCUUCAAUGAGGAGGAGGGGGAGCUGCCGGAGUGGUUCACAGAGGAGGAGAAGCAGCACCGACGCAAGCAGAUCCCCCUGGACCGGCAGACGGUCGAGGAAUAUCGGCAGCGCUGGCGCCAAAUCAACGCCCGCCCCAUCAAGAAAGUGGCAGAGGCCAAGGCUCGGAAGAAGCGGCGGAUGCUGAAGAAGAUGGAGCAGAUGAAGAAGAAAGCGGAGGCCGUGGUGAGCACGGUGGAUAUCUCGGAGCGGGAGAAGGUGGCCCAGCUGCGGCGCAUCUACAAGAAGGCCGGGCUGGGCAAGGAGAAGCGGCAGGUCACCUACCUGGUGGCUAAGAAGGGCGUAGGACCCCGGGUGCGCCGCCCCCCCGGCGUCAAGGGCCAGUUCAAAGUCGUCGACAGCCGCCUGAAGAAGGACGUGAGGGCUCAGAAACGCAAAGAGCAGAAGAAACGGCGCAAGUGAUGUGGGACUGGCUCCAGGGAGGAACCUGGUUCGGGGCACCGGGCAGAGCUGGCUCCUGCCUUCCCACCUCCACCUCCCGGCUCGAGCUGCUGCUGCUUCCCCUCUGUGGGGAAAAGGGCUGGGACUGAGCCCCACGCCCCUGUUAGUCAGUGCCUUCAUGUGACAUCUUCUCCUGUCCCGCUGUGGGGCACGGAGAGUUGAUUUGACCUCAGCACUGUUGGGUUGACCUCGUGCCCGUGCUGGCCUGUGAGGUUGCACCUGCAGGUUUGUCACUCUCGCUGGUUCUCUUGGGAUGCUGCUGGGACUGUUGCACCGCAGAGAUGGCAUGGGCAUCCUUCCAGCCCUUGCUGUCCCCACGCUGGUGACAAACGUGGCCAUGACCAAAGCCCCAGAGCUGCGUGGGGCUGCGGGUGCUGACCAGUGUCUGACCUUCACAGAACUCUUCAUUUGUGAGAAAUAAACUGGUCUGAGGAUAUUC